GGGCAACUUCCGGCUGGGCUGUACUUUAAAUAAUUAAUGUAUCCAGGCGUUAAUUAAACCAAGAGAACGCUUGAAAUUAUUAUUAAUAAUAAUAAUAAUAAAAGUAAUAUUAAUAAUAAUAAUAAAACAUCGGAGCAGUGAAACAGCCGGGGGUUAAUAAUGCCGCAUUAAAACCAUGAGUAGUAUCUAGGGCAGACGCUACAGUAAGGCUAGCCGCAGAGCUAACAGUCACACCGGCUCAGAUCUGCCCUGUACAUGCCCCUCAGCGUUUAUCAACAAAACCUCCAGCCCAUGCUGUAAUCUGCGAAUGACUGCGGAUAUCUGAGCGACAAUGGACUCGAAGAGAGAAAAGGACAACGAAACAGAAUGUGCAAAGAUCACCAAUGUGCUUCUGAAGUCCCGCACCGGGGAGUUCGAUUUGGAGUCCAUUAUGUUUCUUAAGCUUAGGAAAUUAGGAAUUUAUGAUCUUGGAUGUAUAGGAGAGUGUAUAAACCUGGAGAGGCUGGACCUCUCUGGAAAUAACAUCACAAAUCUGGGGCCUCUUUCACCUUUACGAAGACUUCUUGUUCUUAAUUUGUCAGCCAACAGAAUCACUAAUUUAGAACCUCUUUCCAGCUGUGAAGGUUUACAGAGUUUGAAUGUUGCUGGCAAUGUGAUACCGAGUGUUGAUAAUCUUCAUGCACUGAAGUCUUUAAAGAAGCUGGAGAGCAUCAGACUGAAGGACAACACGUAUAAUUACUCCAAUCCAGUCUGCAAGAAUUCAUCGUAUCGGACUCUUAUUCUUGACAUUUUCCCAAACAUGAAAGUGUUGGAUGGAGAGAGGGUGGUGGGACGUGGAAGUGACUUAUACCAACUAUGCAAAGAUAUUGAUGAUACUAUUAAAGCAGGCAUGUAUAAAAAUGGCCAGCUGCCUGAGAUGCCAGACACCAAACCUUGGGUGGAUGAUGGUUUUUGGGAGAUAAAGAGAUCCAACAAUGCCAUAGUUGAUGAAGCCUAUAAACAAUUCAGUGAUGUUCUUCAUGAAUGCAGGCUGCUGAACAGUCGAGCAGCCCACGUGAUCUCACAAAACGAACGGACCAUCAGCCUCAAGAACCAACCAAAGCAGUAUGCCGUUUAAAUCUGGGAAACUCUCGAUCUCAUUACGUUUCCAUAAGACUGCUCAUGUUUUUUCCCCACAGCUUUUUCUAUGUGUUUUUAAAAGUCCAUAAGCUUGAUGCAUCACCGGUGCCAGAAAUCCUAAAUGCUCUGUGUUGCCUGCAGUGUGAGGGUUUCGUUUGAGUUCUUUCUGAGCUUCCACCGUUUAGAGAGACCAAUAAUGUAGUUACCCCUAAACCCGGUUUGAUCACAGUCUCAGGAUGUUCUCAAUCAAGACAAUUCCUCUUUGCACUCCUAAAACAAUGCUGUAUUUAACGUUAUGCUUCAAAUUAUGCUUCAAAUGCUGCUAUUUGUAUAUUUUGCAAUGGUGAAGCACUUGUAUUGUUUCUCUACCACUUCUGAAGCUUUCCCAUGUUGCUCUUCUAGUUUACAAUUUUUAGUGAAUGCUUUUUUGCCUUUUCAUUGUAUGACUAAUGUGGAUGAUUUUUAAAUCGUUUGUUUCGUACUAUAUUGAUUCUUUUUAUCUGCUCAAGCAGCUUUUUGUUUGAGAAUACAUCUAAAUUGUAUGAUAUAUGAUCAGCUUUGCAUCUUUGUAUUUACAUUUUGUUGGAUAAAGUACAUUCAUUGAACGCAGUAUUUCACAAGUAAGGUAUAAAAUAUUGUUCUGAACACAUUCAAGAAAAACAGCUCUACUCUGGUCUUUACAUCAAUUGGUCUAGUCAAUACAGGCAACAAAUGUAAAACUUA